AUGAUCCUUGAUGAGUUCUUGGUCAUCUGUUUCCAAGAGUCCGCAAACAUCCUUGAUUUCAGUCCCACCUGUGUGUUGGCGGCGUCCGGUCAGGUGUCAUGUGACCAGUGUGCAGACGGAUACACAGGAACCACCUGUGAGAGGUGUGCCAAUGGUUUCUAUGGUAACCCACAGGUAGUGGGCGGCGCCUGCAUCCGUUGCGACUGUAACGGUAACGAGGACACUAGCAAGGCGGGACACUGUGACACGGUCACAGGGGAUUGUCUGCGUUGCCUCGGUAACACUUCUGGAAGACACUGUGAGGUCUGUCAGCCUGGUUACUAUGGUGACGCCGUGCAUGCCAAGGACUGUCAGGAGUGCGGCUGUGAUGUCAGCGGCACCCUCUCCAGCGUCUGUGAUGUCAUCACAGGUCAGUGUUUGUGCAGAGAAAAUGUGAUGGGAAGCACCUGUGACCGCUGCCAGCCUGGGUUUUUCGGGCUGCAAAGUGGGCGGGGCUGUCGGCCCUGUGGCUGCAGCCAAUCAACAUCUCUCUCUGUCUCAUGUGAUGAGGAUGGGCGGUGCCAGUGCGUGGAGGGCGUGGCCGGAGACACGUGUGACCACUGUAGCCGUGGUUACUAUGGUUUCGAUGCCAAUGGCUGCACAGCAUGCACCUGUAAUCACACGGGAGGAAACUGUGAUCCUGCGAGUGGCGAUUGCAUCUGCCCCGCCCACACAGAGGGAGACAGCUGCGACAGCUGCAAGACAGGAUACUGGGGUCACGACCCCACCAACGGCUGCAAGCCGUGCAGGUGCAGCGCUGCAGGAAGCUCCGCCUCUCAGUGUGACCUGACCAAUGGCCAGUGUCCGUGCAGAGACGGCUUCUCCGGCAGGUCGUGUGACCACUGUGCCCCUGGUUACCAUGGUUACCCAGCAUGUUCAGCAUGCGGCUGUGACAUGGCGGGAACAGACGAGACGUUCUGCAACACGACGCUCGGAGUGUGUGACUGUCGAGACGGAGGAGAGUGUGUGUGCAAGGUGGGCGUGUCCGGGCAGCGUUGUGAGGAGUGUCGCUCUGGGUGGUUCGCUCUGGCGGCAGACACUCCGGACGGCUGCUCUCAGUGUUUCUGUUCAGGACUCAGUUCAGACUGUGAGGAGCAGGGAGGACUCCACCGAGCACCUAUCACGCUGGGCUCCUCUCCUGCUCUGCUCUCAUUGGUCAGUCAGUCGAACCUGCAGGGCGUGGUGUCGGGCGUCUACCAGCAGGGCGGCGACAUGCUUCUCGAUACCCGACAGGUGGACACCAGCAGGCUGGCCGGCCCGCUCUACUGGAGGCUGCCCCCCCAGUUCCAGGGGCCCCAGCUACUGUCGUACGGCGGCCUGCUGUCUUACAUCAUCACCUUCUACGCUGAGGACGGCGCGGGGCUGUCCAAUCAGGAGCCUCAGGUGCUGAUGAGGGGUGGGACGUUGAGGAAGCUGGUGAUAUACACUGACAAGGUCGCCCCCGGCAACGGCAUCAGGACAUCGCAUGACAUCAGGAUGACAGAGCACCAAUGGAAGUAUUUUAACUCCGUGUCGGAGAGGCCAGUGAGUCGCUCUGACUUCCUGUCCGUCCUCAGUGACGUCGAGUACGUCCUCAUUAAGGCGUCCUACGGGACACGACUGCAGCAGAGCAGGAUCUCUAACAUCACCAUGGAGACAGCAGUGGAGGCGGAGUCAGAGGAGGGAGGUGUGGCCAGACUUAUCGAGUCCUGCACCUGUCCACCUGGACACACUGGACUGUCCUGCCAGGACUGCUCUGCAGGUUUUUUCCGGCAGUCUCUGUCCGAGUUGUCGUCUCAGAGUCAGAAGUCGCUGUUUGUUCAACCGUGUGUUCGAUGUCGCUGCAACAACCACAGCGAGAGCUGCGACACGGAGACCGGAGCCUGUCAGGGCUGCCAACAUCACACCAGUGGGCGGAGCUGUGAGCUGUGUGCCCCGGGGUAUUAUGGGAAUGUCAGCGGCUCCGUCAGUGACUGUUUGUCGUGUGCCUGCCCCCUACAGGACAACAGUUUCAGUCCCACCUGUGUGUCAGACGGCGUCCUUGGUGAUUUCCGCUGCACCGCCUGUCAGAUGGGAUACGAAGGGCGAUACUGUGAGAGGUGUUCUGCUGGUUACUAUGGUAACCCGUCCGCGGCGGGCGGGGCGUGUCGGCGGUGCUCCUGCAGUGGGUGGGGCUCUCUGCAGCAGCUGUGCGACGCGCUGAGCGGACAGUGCGAGUGUAAGUCCGGGGUCACGGGUCAGUCAUGCGACCGGUGCGACGAGAGGCACGUCCUGCAGGGGGCAGAGUGUGUGUCGUGCGAUGACAAAUGCACCAAUAUUCUGCUGGAUGACCUGGAAAAAGUACACAACCACUUCCUGUCUGUCAACCUGAGCGGUGUGACCUUCGCGCCGUACCGCCAGCUGGCGCUGCUGGAGAACCUGACCAAAGACACGCAGGUAAACACACGGGCACCCAGGGACCUCACCUGCUCUGCAGCUCUGCGUCUGUCCAAAGCGGAGGACGAGCUGAGGCAUCUGACCUCUGACUUCACCACUCUGCUGCAGGAGCUCCCACGUCUGUCUGAGGAGGUGAAGAAAGUGGGCGUGUCCACCGACCAGAGCCUUUCCCAAGGUGCACUGCUCUUGGAGAGCAUCGUCAGGCUUCAGGAAAACAUUCAGGAGCUUCAUAUGGAGGCGGAGCGUCUGAACGAGACCACAGUGGACGUCCUCAGUCCAGCCAAUCAGACACAUCAGCUGGAGGAGGUGGAGUCCAUGGUGGAGACCAUCAGGGCCAUCAACCUGACGGCCGCCAAUGCCGCAGCCAAUCAGGAGCACAGUCUCGCAGAGUCUCUCGUCCACUCGCUGAGGGUGGACUUCCUGUCCAGCAGGAUGGCGGUUGACGACAGGCUCCGCCUCCUCUCAGACUCACUAACUGUUGGCAUGGAAACAAUGCAACAUGCACACACAGAACUGAGCAAUGCUGCACAACGAAACACACAAACACACCAUCUGCUGAUCGCCACACACACUCAGCUGCUGCACUACCAGUCUGUCCACCAGAAGCUGAAGGUGGAGCGUCUCUCUGUGGACGGACUGAUGGAGGACAGUCAGCUGCUGCUGGAGGAAGCUGUCAGUCUGACGGAGGAGCUAACAAACACCUCGGCAGUGGUGGAGGAGCUGGACGAACAGCUAGAUCAGUGGCGUCCCUCACUGAGGACACGCGUGGACACUCUGGUUGUUGGACUGAAGGUCACCGAUGCUUUGGAACACGUUUACCAAGCUGAAAGCCACGCCCACCUGCUGCAGAGCCAUGGCCACUCCAUGCAGAGAUCACUGUCGAUGGUGUGUAACGCAACAAACGCCAGCCGUUUGGCUCAGCUGCACAGUGACAUCACAGGACGAGUUAACUCCGCCCAGCAGGUUGCUUUGAUCGCCCAGGCCUCGGCGUCCUUUGCUCUCAACACGACCGUCCAAUCAGAGCAGCUGAUGUCAGAGGAGGGCGGAGCCAAACUCAAUGCCAGCUCUGCUGUUUUAGAGGAAAGCCGACAAAUCAGAGCUAGCAGCGAAGACCUGCAGCUGAACGUCUCCAUGGUAACCAGCAGACUGCGAUUGGUCAGAGACAGUGUCCAUAACUUUACCUUCCUCAUCCAUCAGCCAAUCACAGCGCUGCAGAGCCUUUCCAAUGGUUCGUUGGCGGCGCUGCAGCACACUGAGCAUCAGGCUGCGACGGCUCGGUCCGACCUGCAGGAGGCGCUGCAGCGGCUGCAAAGACUCAGGCUGCAGCUGCAGGAUUCUUCUUCUGUGGUGGAAAACACAGACAGCUCUGUGAAGGAGACCAACAAGCUUCUAACACACACACACUCUGAAGCCAAUGAGGUGCAACGUAAGCUGGAGGAGGCGGAGCAUCGCACAGAGCGUCUGAUGGGCCGGAUAAAGCCACUGAGCAUGCUGGGAGAAACACUGAGCAGGAACGUGUCCGACAUCAGAGAGCUGAUCAACCAGGCCCGACGACAGGCCGCCUCGAUCAAGGUGGCGGUGCAGGCGGACAGAGACUGCGUCCGGUCCUACAGACCUCAGACUGAGUCCACCAACUUCAACACUUUGAGUCUGAUCCUGAAGACGUCCAGUCCACAAAACCUGCUCUUCUACCUGGGCAGCAACACCACGGUGGACUUCCUGGCAGUAGAGAUGCAUGAUGGGAAGGUGUCCCUGCUGUGGGACGUGGGUUCAGGUACCACCAGACUGGAGUUUCCUCAUGUGGACAUCAGCAACAACCUCUGGACCCGAAUCAACGCCACACGGUUUGGGGCCCACAGCUCUCUGUCGGUCCAUCAGCUGGAUUCAGACUCUGCUCCGUUGCCGGCGGUAACAGCGACAUCACCGGGACCGUCCAGAAUUUUAGACAUAGACAGAAACACAUUGAUCCAUCUUGGAGGACUAAGCUCUCACACACAGGCCCCGGCAGCACUGCGCUCCUCCUCCUUUCAAGGCUGUCUUGGUGAAGCUACGCUGAACGAGAGAAACAUCGGACUGUGGAACUACGACAGCAGAGAGGGAGAGUGUGGAGGCUGCUUCAGCAGUCCCCAGGCGGAGGAGACAUCCUUCCACUUUGAUGGAUCUGGGUUCUCGUUGGUUCAGAAGUCUCUGCGAGCAACUUCCACCUCCAUCGUCCUGCUGUUCAAAACGCUGUCGCCAGGUGGAUUACUGCUGUACCUGGCCUCCAACAACACGAGGGACUUCCUGUCCAUGGAGCUGGUCGAGGGGCGUGUCCGUCUAACCUUUGACCUCGGCUCAGGUUCUCUAAUCCUGACCUCCAACAGGAAGUACAACACAGGAAUCUGGUACAAGAUCACCCUGCAGAGGAACAAACGCAAAGGGUACCUGUCCAUCAUGGCAGCCGACCAAUCAUCAGACAAGGAGGUGUUGGAGGCGGAGUCUCCUGGAACGGCGUCUGACCUUAACCGGUCCGACCUGGACCCCAUCUACAUCGGAGGACUUCCUGCUUCCAGACCAAUAAGGCGACAGGUAGCAUCCAGGUCAUACGUGGGCUGCAUAAAGAACGUGGAGAUCGCUCGGUCCAACUUCGACCUGCUGAGAGACGCGUACGGAGUCAGGAAGGGCUGCGUCUUGGAGGCGGUGCGCAGCGUGUCGGUGUUGGCCGGCGGCUUCGUUCAGAUCGUUUCUCCGCCACUGCGUCAUGAGGCGGAGCUUCUCUUCUCCCUCUCCACCAACAACCAAUCAGGAGUCCUGCUGGCUGCCUUCAGUGAUGACCAAUCACAGAGACCGCACUUCUUGUCGGUCCAUCUGGUCUCAGGUGCGUUGGAGGUGGAGCUUGGCGAGGUGGGCGGGGUCACUCGGAGGGUGACGUUGAAACCUGAUGGCGGGUCGUUCAGCGAUGGAGCGCAACACUCUGUAAUCGUCACCAUCAACAGGAAGUCUCUGUCCAUGCAGGUGGACGAGGAGCACAGGAAGUCCGUCUCUUUGUUGCCGGGCGGACUUUCUCGUUUGUCCUUGUCCUCGUUCUUUAUUGGUGGGCUUCCCUCAGAGGCGGUGUCUCGUCUGCCAAUCAGAUUACAAGAAGUGUCCAGGUGGUUCAGAGGCUGCAUCCACCACCUGGUGGUGGGCGGAGUGCUCGCCGACCUAUCAGGAGCUGUGAGGUAUGAGGGGGUGGAGCUCGACAGCUGCGUAUUGGAGGAGAGGGUCGGGGGGGUGGUGCUUCCUGAUGACCAGGAUGUAGAACCAACUCCUGACCCCGCCCACCCGCCUGUAGCCCCGCCCACACACCUGAGCGCCCUGACACCUGGAACACUAACGCAAUGUGUGUUGGAGGCGCAACCAACCUUCCUGACGUCAGCAGUUCAGUUCGGUUUGUCCAAACACAGUCACAUGACCUUCAUCAUCGACCCCAAAGCCGUCCGGAGAAGUGUGUCUCUCAGGUUGUGGGUUCGAAGCCGAGCGGUGGACGGGCUGAUCAUCCUCCUGUCCGACUCCAAACUGAUGGACUUUAUCGUCCUCAGACUGACGGCGGGCAGACUGAUGAUGUCAGCUGACCUGGGGAAAGGCCCCGCCUCCAUUACCUCGUCUGUCACUGUUAACGACGGAGAGUGGCACGCUGUGAGCGCUGACGUCAGCCGGCGAACGGCAUCGCUGUCUGUCGACGGCUCGAGUCCAGACUCUGUGUCUGUGAAAGGAAACCAGCUGGACGUGGACAACCGACUCUACCUGGGAGGGCUGCCACAUACGCUACCCACCAGGAGGAUCAAUGUGAGCAGCAGUUUUCCAGGUUGUGUUCGCUCAGUCAGUCUGAACGGCGCAAUGUUGGAUCUGUCCGGCCCAGCCUCGCAGCACCAUGUUACUUCCUGUUUCAACAGUGACCAGACAGGAAGUUACUUUAAUGGCAGUGGAUACGCCGCCCUCAUGCGUGACGGUUAUAAGGUCGGUUCUGACGUGUCCGUGUCUCUGGAGUUUCAAACGAGCCAAUCAGAGGCAGUGUUUCUAGGAAUCAGCAGCGCAAAGGUGGACGCCAUCGGACUGGAAAUGAUGGACGGACAGGUGGUGUUUAACGUGAAUAAUGGGGCGGGGCGAGUGUCGGUGCGUUCCAUUGGUCAGAUGUUGUGUGACAGAAGAUGGCAUCGCCUCCUGGCAAAGAAGACCAAACACCUGCUGAGUCUGACCAUCGAUGGGCGGAGCUUCACCACUGCCAACCCCUACCCACAAUCUACUUCUGCCGAGACCAACAACCCCAUUUACCUGGGGGGGUUCCCAGUGGGGGUGAGACAAAACUGUCUGUCCACCAGUUCCAGGUUCAGAGGUUGUUUUAGAAACCUGCAGCUCAUCAAGUCUCACCUGAGUGAAGCUCUGGACCUGAGCUCCGCCCACUUCCUGUUGGGUGUUACGCCUAACUCAUGUCCUGCAUCCGAGCCACGCCCAGCUGAGCUCUGAUUGGU